CGUGGGGCCUUUAAAAAUUGCCCCCGGGCCGUACUUUGGACACCCCUGCUCUUGAGCGACUACCGUGGCCCCGGGUUUUAUUUUCUUUUUCUGUUUACCUCCUUAGGAUUUUGAAUUUUGCAAAAAAUUUUCGUUUUUCAGGGCAUUUGUGGCCUCAUUCGGCGUGUUUCUCCAUAAGAGCAAGACGCAGAAUGUGCUUUAACCUUGACUGCGUGGAGAUGGGAGUUCAGGGCGGUGGCCAGCGGGUUGCCAGGUCCGCUAGCUCCGCCCUGCACGCCCGCCCCGUAGAAAAGUGAUGGUGGUCCGCUGGAGGAGGCGAGACAAGUGCAGAGCGGGGAUGUAAGCACCGACCUACGGACUAACUCUCCCUCCCUGCCCGGGCUCGGCUGUAGCAGCAUCCUCGUCGAGCAUUUUUCUUUUCUUGGGCGAAGUCUUUCAAAAAACAACAACAAUCCUUCCCCCUUUUUUCUUCUUUCUCCGGAGGGAAACCCCAUGUCUGCGACACUAGCGAUGAGCGACGUCGGACAUGAGGAGCCUUUCUUCCCGCUGCACAAGGCGUCCUUGGCCGCGGGCUUCCCCUUGGAGGACUCGGCGCUGCUGGGCUUGGUGUGCAAGAUGAGCGACUCGGAACGAGGCGACUACACGCAGGCCAAGUGCGAGAUGGACCGCUAUCUCUCCCCGCAGCCGCUUCCAGACGGCCAGAAGUCCCAAAGAGACGGCGCCGCGGGGAUGGAUCACUUCUUCGGCGAGGAGCAGGCCGGGGCGCCGUACACCCUCAACAUGAACCUUUACCUGCCCGACAUGACUUACCUGAGGGCGGGCUUGGCUCCGCCCCACGAGAACCUGCAAGUCCAAGUCAAGAUGGAAGCGGCGGCGCCGCCGUGCUUCUCUCAGAGCCUCCCGCCCACAAGUAGCUGCGGCGUCGCCAUGGAGACCUCCGCAGUAAACAUGGCGGGGUUGCCAGACUUCACCAGCGCUUUCCACCAGCAGGGAGGCGACACUCUGGUGCCGGAGGUCUUCAUCAAACAGGAAAUGUCGCCGGGCGGGUACGAGCAGCACGACGGCGGCGCCUCGCUCUUCCAGCUCCUGAUCUCCGGCUUGGAGCAUCACCACGGCGACCACAUGGAGGCCCACAUGCAGCACACCUUCCGCACAUCCCUGCAAGACCAAAGCGCCAAGUCUUCCUUCUGCGGCGGACCCUCUUACUCGCGCCCCCACGCCCACUUCUUCCAGCAGCAGCAGGCGCCCUACCUUCCGCCCUCGCCGCCCAGCUCCGAACCGGGCAGCCCCGACCGGCAGAAGGAGCUCCUCCACACCAUGUCGCCGCCUCCUUCCUAUGCGGCCACCAUCGCCUCCAAGAUGGCGGGCAGCACCCCGGGACUGGCCACCGCCGCCGCCGCCCACCCGUCUGGACAAGCUGCCGCCCCGAACCCCCACGUCCCCGCCGCCACGCAGGUCUUGACCCCGGUGCGCUACAACCGCAGGAACAACCCAGACUUGGAGAAGCGGCGGAUCCACCACUGUGAUUACCCAGGCUGCAAGAAGGUCUACACCAAGUCCUCUCACCUGAAAGCCCACCUCAGGACCCACACGGGUGAGAAGCCGUACAGGUGCACGUGGGACAGCUGCGACUGGCGCUUCGCCCGCUCCGACGAGCUGACCCGCCACUACCGCAAACACACGGGCGCCAAACCCUUCCAGUGCGCCGUGUGCUCGCGCUCCUUCUCCCGCUCCGACCACCUGGCCCUGCACAUGAAGAGGCACCAGAACUAGUCAACGAGCAGCCCGCAUUUUCUCUUUUUCAAUUACUCGCAGCUCCUCCUGGUGGUGCUGGCCGGUACUUUCCUGAGUUUUUCCCCCCCCCCCAUUGGCAGUGCUUCCAAGUGGUGCUUAUUUUUUUUUUUUGGUUGUUUUUACCAUUUUCGCAGCUCCACCUGGUGGCGCUGUCCGCGACAGGUGCGGUGGGAACAAAGACGGAGGUCUGUAAAGGAAAAUCCUCCACACUGACUGGCUUUCUACGGGGAGAACACACGCAAGAAGUUCUCGAGUGGAAUAAAAGCACUUAACCAUCCAUCCAUCCAUCAUCUUCCGCUUAUCCGAGGUCGGGUCGCGGGGGCAGCAGCCUAAGCAGGGAAGCCCAGACUUCCCUUUCCCCAGCCACUUCGUCUAGCUCUUCCCGGGGGAUCCCGAGGCGUUCCCAGGCCAGCCGGGAGACAUAGUCUUCCCAACGUGUCCUGGGUCUUCCCCGUGGCCUCCUACCAGCUGGACGUGCCCUAAACACCUCCCUAGGGACCAGAUGCCCGAACCACCUCAUCUGGCUCCUCUCCAUGUGAAAGAGCAGCGGCUUUACUUUGAGUUCCUCCCGGAUGGCAGAGCUUCUCACCCUAUCUCUAAGGGAGAGACCUGGAAACUCAUUUGGGCCGCUUGUACCCGUGAUCUUAUCCUUUCGGUCAUGACCCAAAGCUCAUGACCAUAGGUGAGGAUGGGAACGUAGAUCGACCGGUAAAUUGAGAGCUUCGCCUUCCGGCUCAGCUCCUUCUUCACCACAACGGAUCGGUACAACGUCCGCAUUACUGAAGACGCCGCACCGAUCCGCCUGUCGAUCUCACGAUCCACUCUUCCCUCACUCGUGAACAAGACUCCUAGGUACUUGAACUCCUCCACUUGGGGCAGGGUCUCACCCUAUCUCUAAGGGAGAGACCUGGAAACUCAUUUGGGCCGCUUGUACCCGUGACCUUAUCCUUUCGGUCAUGACCCAAAGCUCAUGACCAUAGGUGAGGAUGGGAACGUAGAUCGACCUGUAAAUUGAGAGUUUCGCCUUCCGGCUCAGCUCCUUCUUCACCACAACGGAUCGGUACAACGUCCGCAUUACUGAAGACGCCGCACCGAUCCGCCUGUCGAUCUCACGAUCCACUCUUCCCUCACUCGUGAACAAGACUCCUAGGUACUUGAACUCCUCCACUUGGGGCAGGGUCUCACCCUAUCUGUAAGGGAGAGACCUGGAAACUCAUUUGGGCCGCUUGUACCCGUGAUCUUAUCCUUUCAGUCAUGACCCAAAGCUCAUGACCAUAGGUGAGGAUGGGAACGUAGAUUGACCGGUAAAUUGAGAGCUGAGCCGGAAGGCGAAGCUCUCAAUUUACCACAACGGACCGAUACAACGUCCGUAUUACUGAAGACGCCGCACCGAUCCGCCUGUGGAUCUCACGAACCACUCUUCCCCCACUCGUGAACAGGACUCCUAGGUACUUGAACUUAACUUGGGAAGCACUUAACUCUCACUUGAAACUUUUUCGUUCAUUCGCAAACCAAACGUUUGUUUUGACGCCAGGUUUUGUUUCUUCCUACUACCAAACGGUUUGCACUAGACACGACUGGAAUGGUUCAUUCGCGCGGAGGCACAGAAGGAAGGAAAAGUGCGGACAUAUGGAAGGAUUUUUUUUUUUUUUUUUUCCAGCCAGAGAACAAGGGGGGCGGGGUGCUAAAGAGCAGCAAUUAGGCGAUCAAUUAUUCAUUUUGUCUUUUAGCCAGCAGACGAAAAAAAAAAAAAGGUCUCAUCCUUGGAGCUUCUUUUUGAACCAAAGUGGAUCAUCUCCUUUUUGAAAGUGCCUCUAGUCUGCUUUGUGUCGAGCGAAAGAGUGGCUGUGAUGCACUGAGACUUCAAUCACGCCGCCUUCCCUUUGUGUCCGCCCUGCCCAAGAUGGCCGCCACCCAGACAACACAGCACUCUAACUGUUCUCAUCUAUUUAUUUGUGUGACGCCUCGUCUUCUGCGGCCCCCAGCAAAAAUGCCUUAAUGUACAUACUUUUUGAUGCACUGUAAAUACAUUUUAUUUUUUAUUUUUUUUUAGCUUUGUUUUGUAAACAAAAGGGCAAAAAGGAGGAAAGUGCCCUGCAUUCAAACUGAUUUUUGUUUUCAUGCAAUUGUUUUAUAUUUUUGUCUUUGUUAGUUGUUGUUUUUUUUCCAUUGGUAAACGUUCCAAAGACAUGUUUUUUUUUCUUCAACUGAGUGAAACCUAAUAAAAAUCAACUGACACUUUUA